AGUCGUCGACGCAUAGUAGUUCCUGAAACAAUGUAUUUAUGUCUGCGUCACACGAAGCAUUUUACUGUCAAGACAGAAAACUUUGUGAAUUUAUGUUCGAAAUAAUUUUAAAAAAUUGUUUAAUAUUGCUACGCAUUAUAUUGAUUUAGAAGGCUACGUUUUGACAGCCAUUUCUUAGAUUAUAAUUCUUUCCGUCACUGCUAGGAAUUAUUUCUCCCCAUUUCAGGCCAUCGGCGAACAUUCAGCAUCAACACUCAAAGGAAGCAGUGAUAUGAUGUACUCCUGUUUUCCGACAAUGAGUGUUGUUGGCGAUAAAAAAGUUCGCAAAGGUUGUCAGCGGUAGACGAGGGAGUGGAUCUUUAUGUUUAAAUGCAGUAACUGUGACAUAAUUAACCAAGAUUUUAUAUAAUUGUGAGACAAUAAUAUUCAAUAUGUGCAACCUACCGCCGAAAUUCUAUGAACUCUGUCGUCUUUGUUUAUCGUGUGAUGGUGUAAAAUCGUCUAUUUUCGACGAUGAAGGAACUCAGCGUAACUUUCCGCUGAAAAUUAUGACGUGUUUAUCAUUAUUGGUGUCUGACAGAGAUCUAUUGCCACCGUCUAUAUGUCACCGCUGUGUGUACAAACUUGAUGUACUCUAUGACUUCAGGGAAGUCUCAAGAAAAUCAGAUGUGAUCUUAAAACAGUAUUUGAGCUACACAGAACAACUUGCUCGGGCGACAGCAGUAUGUAAAAGGCAGGAAAAGAGAGUGGCCUCGCCUAUCAAUUGCAGCAUGCAAAAUGAAAAUAAUGUGGCUGAAGAUUCAUUGCCCCAAAAUGAACAGAGAAGUGAUUUGGAUAAAAUGAGCACACCCUCACCAUUGGAAUUACGAAUAAAGAAUGAGAUUAGAAAUGACACAGGAGAUGAUGCAGACACUGGCAGUGAGUCUGAGAAGUCAUUGAGGUUUAAUGGAACUGCUCAUGGCUCAGAGUAUGGUGGAAGUGGUGGAAAUAAUAGUGGAAGUGGUGGAGAGGAAGAAACAAGUGAAUUGGACACAUCCAAUGUAUCCACAAACACCACACUAGAAAAUGUGUACGUGAAGGUAAAAGUUGAAGGAGGACAGAGUCCUCCCCGAGAACAGCAAACGAUGACAGAUGAUGAAGGCUGUGCAACUGACUAUGAGGAUGAACAGUGGCCACAACCAUCUCAGCCAGCAAUGGAGCACGAAUCUUCAGGGAAGGCCCGCAUUGAUGUUCCAACUAAUGGUGGAGGUGGUGAAGCAAGCACAUUAUUGCGUACACUCAUCUCUUGUCGGAAACUCGGAUUGACCCCUAGCGAUGGAGCUCAUCAGGCUCCACAUACAGAUAGUAUGGGGUCUGGAGCAGUACUAGGUAAUUGCACUAACCAGCCACCAACAAUAACUGGAGAUCGCCGAAAACAGAGUUUUCCCACACGAGCUAUAGCAGAAGAUUGGGGAGGAGCAGCACAUCAUCCUCCUGACUUCACUGGCAACAAUCCUUGGUGCAAUCUCUCACCAGCAGCAAGAUCAGGGAGGCAACAAUUGGCAGCACGGCGAGUGGACUUAUCAUGUACUAAUUGUGGUACCAUGACAACUACUAUAUGGCGGCGCAACCCAGAAGGUGAAAUGGUCUGCAAUGCCUGUGGAUUGUAUUACAAGCUUCAUGGAGUGAACAGGCCAGUUACGAUGCGAAGAGAUACAAUACAUACAAGGCGUCGAAGGCCAAAAGGGGACAAGAAUUCUCCAAACCAUCGCCAUCGUUCCAAAGCAGCCAAUGGAAAUAUAGCUACAGAGGAGCCAGCAGACAUGCUGGCAGCUUUACGUCGACAAAUACAACCGCAUCUAAUGUUGGCGCUGCAGGCGGCGCCAGGACUUCCUCCACAUUCGCAGGGACAUCCUCCACAUGGUCCUGCUUCGUUGUCAGUCAUCAAGUCGGAGCAAGAUUCUGCAACUGCUGGGGGCUCCGACAAUGAAUCUGAGGAACAUGAUAGGUCAGGUGAAAAUGACCUUUCUGACCUCCCCCUUAAUUUGGUGGCAACCAGCUUAGCUGAUUGAUAAUCGAACAGAAAGUCACUGUAACACAGGGAUAAACUCAGGUUCUGUUGCUUCAAGAGUAAUACACAAUAUGCACUGGCACAUACAAAAUUAAAGAAAAUGGCUUUGGAAUAUGCAGAUGUUGUAAGAGAUCAAUUAUCCUAUUUUAAAUAACGAUCCAUAACAGUAAUAAUUAUGCUCUACAAAUGUGUUAUAACUUUUUAAACAAUUUCAUCAUAUUUGGUAAUGAUAUGACAUUCAUAUAUUUCAGUAUUGAAACCACGAUUUUCUCACACUUAUAUGAAAUUUAAAUAACUGGAGUGAAAGAAUUUUCUGUUGCUUAACAAAGAGCACAAAUCUGAAGGAUUAUGACAAGUUUCCUUUGUCCUGCAUGAUCAGUUUCAUUCUGUGAGAAAAUCGUUCUACAACAGAGAAAUCACCAGUAAUGUUUUCUAUCACCUACAAGCUCAACAUCCAGGAAGGUGCCCAACUGUUAUUUUUCAAAAAGCUAAGUAUCCUACUGAAGACAAAGCUGUCAUGUUGAAAUGUGACAACAAAAAUAUACAAAAGCUCAAUAUGAGCAGCAUGUGCAUUUCUUUCCAGGUUUUAUGGGUGAAGAUAAACAGUAAACAACAGUGCUGGUACUGCUGAGUACUGACUAAGAUAGGGCCAGUGCAAAUGUGAGAGGACAAUGUUUGUGUGCAAAAAUGUUGUUUUCACAUUUUUUCUUAAUUUCUACUACAGAAACUAAAACUGCAGUAAAAUGUGAAAAAUUUUAACCUGAAAUCCCAUAUUUGUGAAUUCUAUUAUCUAAUUCCUUGAAAUUCAUUUAUUCACCUCACCUGUUGAUACACUUUUGAAAACAAAUAAAUUGGACUCCAUAAAUAAUUCCUUGCUGUCAUUUUAUAAUUUGGAAAAUCAGCAGAUGUUUGGUUUUAUCCUGUCACAUUAGUUGUUCAAAAGUGUUUUGAUGAUGCUAUUGAGGACAUUUAUCGUUGAAAUAUAACAGAAACCAUUUUGUUAAUCGCAAGGCCAGUUGUCAGAUGUACUUAUUUCUGCAACCAUUUCACUGACUCCAGAAAAUACUUGUGUCUCAGUAAAUCCUACAAAUGUGCUAGCAGCACCUUAACAAACCCUCUGUGACAUUAUUCUGGAAGUAACAAGACAGACAGAUUUGCAGUGCUUAUAGCAACAUUUUAACUGUGGUUUCAAAGUAAAAAUCUUUCAUGGAUAAAAUACUGUACAUCAAAGACAAACUGUUUUCAAAAGUAUUUGAAGAAUAUUUGUUAUGCAUUACUGUAGAGCAAAACUGUCAUAUUGUAAGAAGUAAAAUUUGAAUUUAAAAGUGCCUGUGCAGAAUGAAGCUGGGUUGAUAGGGAUUAGGUGGGUGCAUAAUCUGUAUUUGAUGUAAAAUCUGCAUUCAUCUAAUUUUCAAAAAUAUUUUGCUGUUUUGGAUGGUUAAAGUUUGUGGAUUUCAUAACAGUGCACAAAUACUGUGUAAGAUUACAUAGCUGUUGCUUUUGAAGUCUGUCUUCCCUGUGUUACAGUUGUAUCCUCUUAUUCUAAGUGGAAACUGUAAAAAUGGCUUUGUUUCAAGUGGUAAAGUGUGCAGCAAGUUGGACAGUGAAUUUUGUUGCCACAGCUGCCAUUAUUGUAAUGCCAUGGCUGUUCCCAAAGCAAGAUAAUUGUGUGAAUUUAAUUGUACUAAUAAAAUUUGCAGUAUUUUUGUGGAGUAUGAAAGAUAGGUAGGGGUUGCUGUAUGUGUCAACAUUGUCUAACACCAAGUCUUAUUGUAACAAACCACAUAUAUAUUUUCUAAAUAUUUUCAUUUUAAAAUAUUAUGUGCUAUUGGCUUGAUGAGCAUUUUUAUAAAAAAUGCUAGCCAUUGCACAUUGUUAACUGUUGCCUGCUCUGCAAUAUGGGUCAUUGUUUACAUUGUAACUGUUUAAGAAAGUAGUAUUUAUUGACUCCUGAGUCACAACUACAAGUGAGGAUAUUUAAUGACAGCAAUAAUCAUCUAAGAUAUGUUACAUUAGUGCUGACUGCCAUCAAAUGUAAGAUUGUUUUUUAGUCUUUCUCCUUUUUUUAUUUGUGUGUGUGUGUGUGUGUGUGUGUGUGUGUGUGUGUGUGUGUGUGUGAAGAUGAGAAUUGCAGGCAUAAGUAGUGAAGAGAAAUUCUUUAUAGAUUUGAUUUUUAGCUGUUGAUAUUGGAAUUACAUUUGAUUAAACAUUGUGUAUUCCAUCUGUCUCUCAGUACAUGGUUCUGUAUGUUGUUAAUUACUGUAAUUUAGCUAUGCCCUUGCUAUCCUUUCUAAUUUGGUUAUGUUGACAAAGUGGCUCAAAAGAACAUUGGCCAAUAGUUCUGCAAGCAAAAAUUUGUAACAUGCUGUCGAUUUUAUUGGGCAAUUAGUAGAUUAUUAUUUAUUCUAAUUAAUUUUACUUUUUAUAAGUAUUAUUUGUAACAUAAUGAUCUGUUAUUUUGUAACAUAGGAUAUCGAAGACAUUUACAUUUGGACUAUGUACCCAUCUAAAACAGCCAAAAGUUCUUGAGAUAUUAACACACUAGUUGUAUUACACUUGUGCUACCAAUAAUUUUUAAAAAAUGGAGCUCAAGAGUAAUCAGACUAUUUAUCUUGUGCAAACAUGAGUUAGAUUCUUAUUUAAAAAAGUGAAAUUAAGAAUUUUGUAACAUUUUCAUUUGGCUUAUGACAGAAGGUUUUUUUCCCAGGUCUGCAUUUAAUGCAUACUGUUGUUUUGCACAUAAUGAAAGUAAUCUCAAAUUCUUGGGCUGUUGGAGUUGGGUUCAUUACAACAUUGCCACCAGCAUUUGAGGCUCCUUGCUUGUUAUUGUUACAUUUUAAGCUUGACCCUCGUAGAAAUGCAGAUUUUAGAAAUAGUAAACAUAUUUCAGUUUUGCUGUUCAGUUUGCCUUGCCGUCCAAACUUAAUUGUGCUGGUGGCUGUACACAGUUUUUAUAGUUUUGACAUGAAGUGAGUGUUUGAGUCACUUCUAUUAAUUUAAUUUCUUAAAUUUAUUUUUUAUAUCUCUUGACUCAUCGUAGAUGUGAAUUGUUUUAUGAUGUAAGUCACAGCAGCGAACAAUAUUUGUUGUUGGGCUUUGUUUUCUGUGAAUGUAUGUACACAGGCUAAAUACGUUAUUUUGUUACAAGCAUUUAUGAAGUGCUUUAGUUACAUUUUAUUUAUUAUUAUUAUUAUUUUUCCCCUAAUUUGUCACUAAAGAAGACAUUACUUUCUCCAGGGUAAAAAUGAGAUAGAGAGAGUGAGUGAAUGAGGUUAGAUAGAAAAUAUGACAAAGUUUGAUUCCAAGCAGUUUUCAUUUGUAUUGCAUUAGUGACAUUAGGAAUAUUUAUCUUUUCUGCAGUUCGUACAUUUGAAUUUUUCCAGCAGCAUUCAUUGAUAAUUGCUGUGACUUAUAUAGAAAAGUUCUUUUUACCCAGAUAUGAUGUGUGAUUUGAGUGAGAUUAUUUGUUUUAUGAGCUUUUUAUACACAGUAUAUUUAAUGAAUCUCUUUUUUAACAUUGUUGUUGAUGGUAAAGUAUUAACAUAGACAUACAUUACCAUAGUGGUUUGACUGAUGAGUAUUUUUAUAUUACUUAAUACUGAAAUUGUGGCACUUAACAAUGUAAAAAAAAAAGAAGACUUUUCUUCCUUUUUAUGGCUCAAUUUGAGAGAAAUAGAAAUAAACUAAUGUGCUUAUUAAUAUAAAUACUCAUGUUCACAGAAAAAGCCUAGCUUAUGUUAUUGCAUGUUAAAUACCAGUUUUGCUUACAGAUUGAUAUUUUUCACUUGUAAUACAUAUGUAACAACUGUAGGCAGCUUAACAAGUAAUAACAUGCUGUAAUGGAAGUUAGGCAAGACACAAUGUACAUUAUUUUGUAAUGAAAUCAGAGAUAUUAUAAAAAAGACAAAGAAGCUUAUCACAAUAAUUUGAAGCCCUAGUGCAAAUGAACACAGAAAUGUUUGAUUUUUAUCCUAGUACUGCCAUUAAAUAAUGUGUUGUGUAUUUCAAAAGUUUUGAAAACUUUUAGGUAGCUAAAACAAAUGAAGUGGUUGACGCAUGUAGAGUAUCUGAUAUCCGGUUUGAGGAUCAGACAAAUUUGGCUCACUUAUUCAGGCAUCUCAGUAGGUCUGAUUUAAUUGGGAAUAUGUUCCUUUUCCUGUGGUUAAGCAUAAAAUCUCAUUUUCUGUAUCAUUCGUAAGGGGAUCCAGUAAAGUAGCUUUCACUGAUUAAGAUCUUCUGCUCCCACUCUGCUGUAAAAUUCUGCCAUCAUGCUUCUUAUUUGUCACCCUAUUUACAUCUGUAGCAAUACCGUAAUAUCAGGUUACCUGCCAUUCAGAAGGCUGUUGCACUCAGCAACUGUUAUAUUGACUUGUAAAUAAUAUAUUUCAGCUAGAAACUAGCCAUUCUCAAUGCAGUAUAAUUUUUGAUCAGUGCAUGAAUGCCUGUUGGUCGGGCUCCAUCCACAGUUCAUUGAAUACUACUCAAGCCUGACCAACAGGCAUUACAUGCAUUGAUCAAAAAUUAUAGUGCAUUGAGAAUGGCUAGUUUCUAGCUGAAAUCUAGAUCUGCCAAUAAAAAGUUAAAAAGGACAACAGAUAGCUGAAAUCUGUUAUUUACAAAUAUCGUAAUAAAUAAACAUUACAGUAUGAUUUGCAGCAAGUAAAGCUUUAAAAUAAUUGAUUGUUAAAAAUCAGCAUUUUGAGUGUCUUCUGUUGCUCAGUUUAAACUCUAACCUAAUGCAUGUAAAUUUUAUCAUCUCCAGAUUGUUGCACUUCCUUUGCUAGUCCUGGCUCCUCAUCUUUUCUGCUAUUUGGCUACAGAAAAUGAAACUGUUAAGCUGGAAAGCACUAAAUGUAUCAAACAUUUCUGUGGCUUUUAUUUGCACUACUGCAAAAAUGUACUUUGAAAACAGAUACUCUUUCAUAGAUGGGGUGAUUUUAUUCCUAGACAUUUAAAUAGCAGUAUUUAUCAGUCUGUGACACACUUAAACAUAAGGGUCUAGGAAAUAAAUGCUGUUUUCAGCUGUUAUUUCUUAAUGCUAUAUCUACUUAAUUUUUUUCCAUUUCAUCUUGUUUUCUUUGACAUCUAUGAAAGAUUGGUGUCUGCUCUGCACACUACAAACAUUUUGAUAAUUCAUUUUCCUUUGUUUUCCCAUAUUCUUCCCUGGUUUAUAAACAGGGCCUGUAGUAUUUUUUUGUGGCAGGUAUUGAACAGAUGUUGGCAUUCCACAGAAAUUAAUGCUCAGGUUUAGGGAUUGGAUCGUGUGAUGCUAUUGUUUACUCUGACAAUAUUCUUUAUACAGUGAUACCCAAAAAUGAUUCUGCGAUUUCGUGAAGAGAUUAUAGGGUAGAAAAAAAUAUUUGGGACAGGAAGAGAUUUAAUUAAGUUAACUUUGCCUUCUCCUUCCCCCCUUAACUCUCUUCUCAGUACUUAAGUAUAUCGUUAUGCAUCUUUACACUUGUAAGAUUUAACUUCUGUUGGUGUUCAUGACAUACAAGAUAUAAGGUAGUGCAUCAAUAUUUCUGAAAUAUGAAAGAUUUGCUUACUUGAGAUGUUAAUAACUGUGUGGACAUAACUGGAACAGAAUGUAAUUAUUGGUUUAAUUGUAAAUAUUUUGUCAUUUGAAAGAAAAUUUAUGUUGUAGAGCAAAUAUUUUUGGAGGGUUACAUAGAUUCAAAAUUUUGUUGACAGACAAGUAACAAAUGGAAGUAGUACAGUACCUGUCACUGAUAAUAUUCUCGUGAGAUGGAACUGACUGGAAGCUUAGAAAACUGAAUUCAGGCUUCAUCAGUAUUUGAUAAGAGAUUUGGUGCCAUAAUGAUAUUAUCUCCGUUUAUGUUUGUUACAGAACUAUUGGGAUUGAAUAAUGAUGGGAACAAUCAAAACGUUACAGCAAACAAUGGACUGACGGAUAUGAAAGGUGGAAGGAUACCUAAGAUGGAACUUGGGGUUCUUUUUUUUCAUAUACUCCAUAUUUUGGGAGUUAAUGAAUAUAUAUUAUUUUAUGUCAUACUGUGCCACCUUGUGAGAACUGAGUAGUUUUAGUUUUAAUCCGAAGCCUCCAACUUUCUUGACCUGUGUGUGAAAAACUGGAAUGGGGAAGAAGUGGUUGAAGAAUCUCAUUAAAAUUAAGGGGGGAAUUGUGCUAGUCCAAAAGAUAAUUAUACAUCCUGUGACCUUGUGGUUUUAUAAAAAUUUGUACUGAGGACACUGUCUGUCAGACUCAUUUACCCCCACCAAUCCUGCCAACCACUUUCAAACUAUUAUACCUUUAGUUAGAUUGUUUGUGCACCCAACCGAAAUGUUUGUGUUCCAAAUUAUGAAAAUCUUAGUUUAUUUUAAUUUCGCCUUUGAGGUAUCUCAUUCUUCUGGUACCACUGCUUUGUUUGCUCCUGUUCAUUAGUAUAUAAUGUUUGAAUUGUUUGUUUUAUGACUUGUAGUAUGUAUUCAUUUACUUGAGCCAUGACUGUUGUAUUUGCUAAAUUCAUAUUUUUGCUUGUCUCAACACUGUAUAAUUGUGAUAACUUCCUUCUUAUCCCCCUUUUUUUGAUAAAAGUUCUUAUUCAUGUUCGUAUGAGGAAAUCCUAAUUCAGUUCAAACAAUUUAUUGUAGCAAAGGUUUCUGUGUGUGACAUAUUUGACAUUGCUUGCUUGUAUUAUGAUAAUGUGCAUUGCUUCUUGGAGGCAGCUCUUUGUGAUAUAAAUUUUUUUUUACUAAUCAUUGAUGGUCCUUACCAGUGCACAUUUUAUAUUUGCACCAGAUUUUGUGAACUCUGGACAUUUGUCAAUUUUUGAGAUUUUGUUGCCAAAUAAUAAAACUGACCGCUAUAGUUUCUGUUAUCGCAGUUUUCUCUGGAUCGAUUUAAUAGUUUAUGAAGAACUUGAAAAUGCAUUGUGCAUUUGUGCCCAUAUAUCACACCAUAGUGUGCUGAGACAUUCUUAUUACAUUUUAUUAAGUAUAAAAAAGUUCAUAUCUUUUGUAUAGUCAUUGAAAAUACUCAUGCAUAUUGUGUAAUGAUUGGUUACAUAUUCUAAACGAUUUAUAUACCGGUGCCCAAACCCUGUGUAUUAGUAACAGUAUUAUUUUUUGAAAAUAUUACAUUUAUUAUUGACUUUCAGUGAGUCAUUUUAACUGACUGCCGACUCCAAUUCAAGUGUCUUAAAUCAGUCACCAGCAUUGCCUUUGUGCUCUCUAUGAUAGCGUUUCUUUACAAAUUUUAUAGAAAAUGGUUGUGUAAUGUUUUUAUUUUGUUAUUUCAUUGAAUUUAUAAAAUGUAAUGUUAAACAUCAGUAUUUGAGUGGUAAUUUUCUCCAUAUUUCAACAGUCUACAGCAUAUUUAUAGAGUAUUUAGAGUUCUUUAUUCAUAUUCAGUAGCCACUGCAUUACAACGGAAUCCAUGACAUUCUUCUUAUUUAUGUGCAUGUAUUUAUUUGGCAUGUUUUUUUUCACAUUUCCAUUAAGAACACAUCUGAUGAUGUAUCACAAAUAUAGUACUGUGAUGUAAACUGCCUAGAGGAAAAAACUCUCAGUGAAAUUGUAUGUUCACAUUGUAAGUCACUGCUCUCUGAUCAAUCAUCUCUUCACUGAAAGCAUUGUUCUUGCCAUUUGUGAUUAGAUGCACUGAAAAAUUUGAAUCUUGGAAGCAAUCUAAUUAUUGUAUAAGAUUAAAAGCUGUGGGGAGAAAUGGUUUAUUAUUUAAAAAUAAAUUUUUUAUAUCAACAGAAAUAUA